CCCAGUACCCAGCACCCAAUGCCUGAGCAGCUUCAGGUGGCAUAAGAAGUCAAAAAACUAGGUCUUGAGAUGGGUCUCUCCAUCUCUAUCUGAAAGCCCGAAGAAAAUUUGCAGCUGCCCCUCUCUCUCAUUCUCCUCUUUGGACGCAGUUCCAUUUGUGGUGUGUUUGGCUUCCAAGAAACUUCCACAGGUAAAAUGCAAGGAGUACUCAAAACUUUUACAUCACACGGAAGCAUUGUGAAAAAUGGAGUUUUGAGACACAUCCGUCUUGUGAAUCCCCUGCUCCAGCCUGUUGCGUUUUCACGUUUUGAGUCUGCUACGCCUGCCAGUACCCGCAUAGAAGAGCAUGGUUUUGAAAGCACCAGAAUUGCAGAUGUCUUGAAUGCAAAAGGUAAAGGUGCUGAUGGUUCCUGGCUCUGGUGCACAACCGAUGACUCUGUUUAUGAUGCUGUUAAGUCGAUGACCCAGCACAAUGUUGGAGCCUUAGUUGUUGUGAAAUCCGGAGAGCAAAAAUCUCCCGCAGGAAUCAUAACAGAGAGAGAUUAUCUCAGGAAGAUCAUAGUUCAGGGAAGAUCAUCCAAGUCAACAAAAGUUGGGGAUAUCAUGACUGAGGAGAACAAGCUUAUCACUGUCACCCCUGACACCAAAGUUUUGCGGGCAAUGCAACUCAUGACAGAAAACCGAAUCAGGCACAUUCCAGUAAUGGACAACGGGAAAAUGGUUGGAAUGGUGUCCAUUGGUGACGUGGUUCGUGCUGUGGUGAGUGAGCACCGGGAGGAGCUGAACCGCUUGAAUGCUUUUAUUCAAGGUGGUUACUAGAUAAUGAUGAUGACGAAGAAGUGAGACGCUGCUUUAGUUGACAUGCCGGAAUGACAAACAGUAAUAACCCUCGCUCGAGUGCUUGUAUAUAUCGUGUGUGUUCGUUUGUGCACCUCCGGUUGUUGUUUGGUUCUGUACUUCCAGUUACUGUCUAAUUACAAACCUGUGGGACUAUCAAGUACUUAACAAUAAGCAAUGUUAUGUUUUGCUUAAAUCGUCCUUCUUUCUCCGGUCGAUGGUAGCUUGUGCGUACCUUGUAUUUGACGUCGCACACGUUUAUGUCGAAACCAUAAUCUUGAAUGUCGUUUGGUGUUUAAACAUGUAAAUCAAGCUAGUGUUCAAAUAUA